CUGCUUUACGAUGCACAGUCGGCCUUUUUCACUUUGUUCCAAGAUGCCUGAGUAAUUUGCUUCUUGACAAUCAUUUUACGAGGUCAUCAAUUCCACAGCCAGACUCGUCAAGGGACGAAUGACUGUCGAACAUGUCACCGAAUCACAGCCGCCAACCGCAUUUGUCGUGAUGCUCCUGCAUCUCGAUUACGGCAAUGGUUUCUUUCUCCCCAAAGAGGCCGUCCAGAGUGGCCUCUCGACGGCGUGCAAGUCCCGACGCAAUGGUCGGGUCGCCAUAACGGGCCUGCGGCGGAGCGCAGCAUGCAACCAAUUUCCUCCACUAAUCAACGUCCAUGAUUCACAAGGCUGCCUUUCCAACUCGACGGAUAAUCAAGAGAAGCUUCUUCCAGUUUGCCUAAUUCAUUUCACUAAUUGUGCUCCAGGCCCGAAUGAUCGUCGCGUCCCGUGUCCCUCACCGACCCCCCGGUCCUCGGUGUUACUGUUAGCCUGAGGUGCCUCGCUCUAGGGCUCCGACCUUCGGCCUCCGACCACCGUACAACGACCUAUCGUCAAACAGCACUACCCUACUGAGGCCGAAACCCUUUACGAAAUAGUCUUGAGGUUU